GCGGCGCGGCGCGGAUGCAGGAGGAUGACAGUGAAGCUGGGCGACGCCGGCGGCGCGGAGGACGGGCUCAAGAAGCUGGGCAAGCGGCCGGCCGAGGACGAGUCGCUGGACGGCGAGGGCGCCGGCGCGGGGGACGCGGCUGAGGACGGCGGCGGCACAAAGAGGGACGCCCGGAGCCCCCGGGACGGCGGCGACCCCCCGGGCCCGGCCCCGCCGCCCGCCGGCCCGCAGGACCAGCACCACUUCCUCAGGUCCAGCGUGCGGCCGCAGAGCAAGCGGCUCCGGAAGGACGCGGCCGGCGCGGGGGGCAGCGGCGCGGGCAGCGCGGGGCCCCGCGGAAAAGGAGUCGACGGGGGCGGCUCGUCAUCUGGAAAUGGGCCGGGGGUUGCCUCUGCCGCCCCUGCAGGGGGCUCGCGCUCCUCCUCCCGGAGCCUGGGGCCCACGAGUGGCGAAAAGGAGGAGGGCAAGAAGGUGCGGCGCCAGUGGGAGUCCUGGAGCACCGAGGACAAGAACACCUUUUUUGAGGGGCUGUAUGAGCACGGGAAGGACUUCGAAGCCAUCCAGAACAACAUCGCGCUGAAGUACCGCAAGAAGGGCAAGCCGGCCGGCAUGGUGAAGAACAAGGAGCAGGUGCGGCACUUCUACUACCGCACCUGGCACAAGAUCACUAAGUACAUCGACUUUGACAACGUGUUCUCGCGCGGCCUGAAGAAGUCGUCACAGGAGCUGUACGGGCUCAUCUGCUACGGCGAGCUGCGCAAGAAGAUCGGGGGCUGCAUGGAUGACAAGAACGCCACAAAGCUCAACGAGCUCAUUCAGGCCGGGGCCACCACCGUGCGCUACAAGGGCCGCAACCUGCGCAUCAAGGCUCCCAUGUGCCGGGCCCUGAAGAAGCUGUGCGACCCGGACGGCCUGAGCGAUGAGGAGGACCAGAAGCCUGUGCGCCUGCCACUGCGCGUGCCCGUGGAGCUGCAGCCCCGCAGCAACCACGCCUGGGCCCGCGUGCAGGGCCUGGCCCAGAACCCGCGGCUCAGGAUGAUUGUGGAGCUGCACCGCAAGGUCUCCAGUCUCAUAGAGUUUUUGAAACAGAAGUGGGCACUCCACGAAGUCCGCGUUCGGAAGACGCUGGAGGAGCAGCAGCUGCAGGACACAUGCGUGGAGCCCUGCCCGGAGAAGGUGGCGUUGCACCUUUUCCCCGGGGAGCACUGCACGCUAACGCCGCUGCCGGGGGUGGCCCGCGUGGUGCACUCCAAGGCUUUCUGCACCGUGCACUGGCAGGAGGGCGGCCGGUGCAAGCAAAGCUCUAGGGAGGCCCACCCGCUGCCCCCCGCCCAGAUCCUGGGCAUCCAGAGCGGGCAGGGCACGGCCAGGGGCCAGGUGAGGUGCCCGCGGGGCAGCACUGAGGGCAGGGGGUCAGGACGGCCCCCGGUCUCCACUGAUGCCUCUCAGAGCUCCGGGGAGAGUUCCCCCGAGAGUGCCCCCGGGGAGGGGCCGGGCCCCAGCCUGGGCAGCCCCGAUGCUCCUGAUAGACUUGCCCCCGGGCCCCGGGAGAAGACCCCCCCUGCCCCUUCUGCAGAGGGUGGGGACGGCCCUACCCGGGAGCCCGGGGCUGCGGCCUGCACCUGUGGCCAGCUGCCGGACCUGGAGGACGAGCUGUCUCUCCUGGAUCCCUUCCCCCGCUACAUGAGGUCCUGUCAGGCCCUGAUCGUCCCUGCGCAGUGCCGCUGUGCGGACCCCCGGCCUUCCGGGUGCACCUCUCCAGAGACUGGCGUCCCUAGCAGCACGGAGGCCGCUGACCUCACCAUGUCUGGGCCGCCAUCCCCCGGCCGCUCCUUGCCUGUCCUCGAGCCUCAGCCCAGCUCCAGGCUCCCGCCAGACAUUUGCACUAAAGACUCCACAGAGGCUCUGGCAGAGGAGCCUCCAGAGAAGGGCAACCCCGCGGAUGCCACGCCGCCUCAGGGCCCCCCCACUGCCCGGCCACUCAAGGACGUCCCUGCCAGCCGGCUGGCCCAGCAGUUGCGCGAGGAGGGCUGGAGCCUACAGACCUCCGAGGGCCUCACGCUGGCCGAAGUCUACCUCAUGAUGGGCAAGCCCGGCAAGCUGCAGCUGGAGUACGACUGGCUGAGCCCGGGCCCCCGCGCCGGCCCCCCGCCCGCCGCCCUCCACGAGCAGCGGCUCCUCAGCUGCCUCCUGCGCCUCAUCUCCACUGAGGUCAACCCCAGGCCGGCUCCGGAAGCGAAUGCAGGUUCUGUGGCAUCCACGCGCCCUGCCCAGGAGGAGCCAUCAACCACCCCUCCGGGGAAGGUGGUAGCCAUCAGCUCCCGGAGCCCUCGCUGCCCCCGGAGCCAGUCUGCCCUGCGCAACAGCAAGAGCUGCUCUCCCACCUCCACGCCGUGCUCCCCAGGCCUGAGAAGCGCGCCGCGACCACUCCUGGUGGCCGGUCCCGCCUGCACAGGAAGCAGCGACUCGGACGGCGGCCUCUUUGCCGUCCCGACAACCCUGCCGCCCAACAGCCGGCACGGGAAGCUCUUCUCACCCAGCAAAGACGCGGAGCUGGCCCUGCGCCAGCACCUGAGCUCUAUCAGCAUGCAGUCCGAUUUCUUCCUGCCGAAGCCCCGGAAGCUGCGGAACCGGCACCUGCGGAAGCCGCUGGUGGUCCAGAGAACCCUGCUGCCCCGGCCGUCCGAGAGCCAGCCCCACAGUGUGUGCUCCUUCUCCAUUCUGCCCAACUCCGCCGUGACGGGGAGAGGCUCAUUCCGGCCCAUCCAGUCCACCCUGACCAAAGCGGCGCUGUCUCGGCCCAUCGUGCCCAAGGCCCUUCCACCCCAGGCCACCAGCCACCUUGCCAGUGCGGUCGACCUGGCAGCCAAGAGCGCCGGCAUCUUCCCGGGGAGCCCCCUCCCAGUCCUGGACGCGGAGAGCUUGUCAGGCGUCUCCCCAUUGUCUUCGGACGAGGUGACGGCCGCUAUCUCGGGGCAGGACUCGGGUGGGAGUCGCCGGAAUGCAGACCCCCUGCCUCCUGUGGGGGGCACAGGCGGCCCGUCCACCAGCGUCCCUUCGAGGCCGGAGCAGAAGCCCGAGACGGACGGCUUCCAGGGCUCGCCAGUGCUCGCUCUCUCCGAGCUGCCCAGGGCUCCUCCCAACGGCCUCUCCGCACCUCUGCCCACGGCCGAGGCCGCCCGCGCCCGGCUCUCGCCGCCCAAUGUCUCCACUCUGCUGGACAUCUCCCUGCCCGGGCCACCUGAGGACGUACUCUCGCAGGGCGAGCCCGCCACACAGAUCAGCGACUCCAUCAUCGAGAUCGCCAUCAGCUCUGGCCAAUAUGGUGAAGGCGUGCCCCUCUCGCCAGCCAAGCUGAACGGCAGCGACAGCUCCAAGAGCCUCCCCUCCCCGUCUAGCAGCCCCCAGCCGGACUGGAUCGCCUCCCCCACCCACGACCCCCAGUGGUGUCCCAGCGACCCCGCGGACUCGUCACUCAGCAGCCUGUUUGCCAGUUUCAUCUCCCCGGAGAAGAGCCGCAAGAUGCUGCCAGCUCCUGGCGGAACCAACAGUGGCACCUCCCUGUUGGGCCCCAGCCUGCUGGACGGGAGCUCGAGGGACUCUUUUGUGUCCCGAUCCCUGGCCGACGUUGCAGAGGUGGUGGACUCCCAGCUGGCCUGCAUGAUGAAUGAGAACAGCGUCGACUACAUAUCCCGGUUCAACGACCUGGCUCAAGAGCUGGCCAUCGCCGAGCCCAGCCGGCGGGAGGCCCUGUUUGAUGGUGCGGGGGGCGGCCCCCCAUCGGUGACCUCUCCCAGUGAUGGUGGCGGAUGCAGGCCAGGCGCGGGCUGCAGAGGAGAUGCCGGCUGGUGGGUGCAGCCCCCCUUGGGCCAGAGAGGACGUCACUCAGCCAGGACUUCUGGGGAUGCUGGGUGAGCCACGUGGGGGAGCUCGUUCCCACAGGCAGGGCCGUCUCCGCCUUGCGGGGUCAAGCAGGUCCCCGCCCUGCUGCCUGGUGGCAGUGGCCUUCUUCCCAGAAGGGGGUGCCGGGCAGGAGUGCUGCUUGCCCCGAGGCGGGGCCUCCAGGUCCCCACACUGUGCCUUGGCUCAGCUCCUGACCCCACUGAAGCGGCUCUGCCUGUCGUGGCUGUGUGGACGGAACCCUGCCUGGCUGGCGGCCGGAGACGUUUCCGAGGCUGUGGACCGCCCUGCCGGCUUCCUCCCCGGGCCAUUCCCAAGGUGCAGGGUGGUCUGCAGGGCCUUCUGCUGGGGCCUCCCGGUCCUGGGCCACAGAUGGGCUCUCCAGAGACCGGACCCCUGUUGGGUAGCCCCUCCCUGGCACGCUCCUCCCAAGCCUGCGCCCAUGCACCAUAGCCUUCAGUGUGGGCGCCACGGGCUUGGGCACCCAGAAUGGGGGAGCCCUGAGGUGCCCCGUGUCUCCUCGGGCCUCCUGGGUAGCUGGCAUCCCCACCGCAGGUGGCCCAGCUUGCAUCUCCCCCGGUGGCUUCUUGCCCUUGCCUGCAGCCAGGGGCCCCCCCCACCACCACCACUGCCACCACCACCACCACCACCAGACUGAGCACUGCGCCUCCUCCCGGCCCUUGCCCCGCUUGGUGGGGCCCUCGCCAUGGCUCCUUGCCUGUCCAUGGGCAAGAUUGGGCACUCUGGCUUGGGGCUCAGAGGCUGGUCAUGGCCCCUCUGGACUGCGAGCAGGUUGCAUGCUCAGUCGGCAGGGGUACAGGCUGCCGCUGGACGGGCGAGGGCCAUCCCUUUGUGUCGGUGUCGUCUUCACCGAGAGGCACGGCAGCGCCUGGCCUGGCCGGCAUUGCAGUCAGUCAGUCAGCUUCCUGAGCCAGAGCCGGAGGGAGCCGAGCAAGACUGGUGCCGGGCUGCUGGGCCGUGCCUGCAGUGCCAGCACUGGCGUGGGGGAUGUCGGCUGAACUGCUCACCCGUCAGGGCACCGGGUGCAGUAGUGGGCAGGAGGCACUUACCCGGUGAUGUCUGACCGGGAGGGAAGCUGGAGAUAGGUUGUCUUUGGCAGGCUUGCCACUUGGGGUGCCUCCAGCCCAGGCUCUGCAAGGACCACCCCCUCACCAUGGGCCAGGUCAGGAGGAGCGUCGCAGGGUGGGCACUGUUUGCUGCCACAGUGGGGGCCAGAGCAAGUCAGGGAUGUGUCUGCUCCCUGCACACGAUGGGAGGGGCAGCUCCUGACGCCUGGGCCACGGUGACGUGCUGCACCCCUGGGUGCUGCUGCUCCCUGUGUGCUUUAGGGUAGGUCAGUCCGGUGGGAAAGUCUCUUCCGGGCCCCGGUGAUGUCAGGGGCUUUUUCUCCUGUGUAAGGAUGGAGACAGGCUCUCGGCCUCAAGAGCGCUGCCCCCGGCAUGUCCACCUGUGGCUCCCUCCACCUUUCCCCUGUCCUGGCGGGGCUUGGGGCUCUCCCUCCCCCCAGUCCGUUGGCCUCAGGGCCCCCAUCCACCUCUUCUGGGGCCCUAGUGCCUCCAUGCGGGACGCAUCGACCCGGCGCGCUGAGCUCUAACCGUGCGCUGGGGAGCCUGGGAGCCAGCGGCCUGGAAGUGGGGGAGCCUGGAAGUGGGGGACGGCUCUCUCCUCGGACGUGCGCCUGUGAGGAGACGGGACUCGCGGUCUAGAAAAGCCGGGGCUCCCCUGCUGGCCGCCCGGCUCCGGCCCCCCCCUCCCCGGCGGGGCGCCC